AUGGAGAUGAGUUUGAAUCUCGCAUCGUCUUCAACUUCAAACCCUGUUUUCCUUUUCAAUCCGAUUCUCUCAGGGAAGCAGCUGAAUUUCCCAAACCGACACCAGAGAAUCCCUAAAAGAGCGAAACCCUUUUGCGUUAGGUCCUCGAGCAACCUGUCUGGACCCAGACAAACCCUAUCUAGUAACUGGGAUGUGUCUAGAUUCUCCGUCGAUUCCGUUGCUCAAUCGCCUUCUCGGCUCCCGAGUUUCGAGGAACUCGACACCACAAACAUGCUUCUCCGUCAGCGAAUCGUCUUUCUUGGUUCUCAGAUAGUCGAAUUGAGUGAUAACUGUAUGAAAUUAAACAACAUUUGCAUUAACCUUAAUGAUAAUUGUAGCAGUUGGUGUAGUUUGGAAUUGUUUUGUGCUGCGACUCGAGCUUUCUUGAAUUUGGAUAUUUUCCAGGUGGAUGAUAUGACAGCAGAUUUAGUCAUAAGUCAGCUCUUGUUACUAGACGCUGAGGACUCAGAGAGAGACAUCACGCUGUUCAUCAAUUCACCUGGUGGUUCUAUUACUGCUGGGAUGGGAAUAUAUGAUGCAAUGAAACAAUGCAAGGCCGAUGUAUCCACUGUUUGCUUCGGUCUAGCUGCAUCCAUGGGCGCGUUUCUACUUGCUUCUGGUUCAAAAGGGAAACGCUAUUGCAUGCCUAACUCUAAAGUUAUGAUCCAUCAGCCACUUGGUACUGCUGGAGGCAAAGCAACUGAAAUGAGUAUACGCAUAAGAGAAAUGAUGUACCACAAGAUUAAACUUAACAAGAUCUUCUCUAGAAUCACCGGGAAGCCUGAAUCAGAGAUUGAAGGUGACACAGACCGUGAUAACUUCUUGAAUCCAUGGGAGGCGAAAGAGUACGGUUUGGUAGACGCUGUAAUUGACGAUGGCAAACCGGGAUUGAUCGCGCCGAUCGGAGACGGUACGCCUCCGCCUAAAACCAAAGUGUGGGAUUUUUGGAAAGUUGAAGGAACCAAGAAAGAUAAUAAGAACUUGCCAACGGAGCAGUCGAUGAUACAGAAUGGUUCUGCUGUCGCUGGUGAAUAG